CUGACUCUCCGUACUAAAGAUGCUGAAGCAGAAACCUCACUGUGAGUGUGUGUCAGUGCUUUUUUUUUUGUUAUUCCCGCUUGCUCCAUCUAUCCACGCACACACACACAUCGAAGACGCUGAUCUUUUUUUUUUUUUUUUUUUUUUGCAUAUGGAAACACAAGGGGCACAGAAUUGAGCCGAUUCUCGGAAUACCGACCAAAUGGUUUUUUGUGCAAACAUGCACGCGGUCCAUUUUUCUACGUUUUGGCGACACCGCUCCGCGCUCGCGCUCCGGGCUGCAAAUCAUGAAUUAACAGACAGGAGGAAAUAACGGCGGCUAGCUGGAGCUGGAGCAGGAGCAGGAGCAGGAACCACACUGCAUUGUGUUCCCUGGAUAUGGUGCGCAUUUUCCUAGAAACUGCUCCCAUGCACUCUUGAUGAAACCCUUAUUUUGUUGUGGAAUGGACAAUUCUCCCAUAAUAAUAAUAAUAACAACAAACAAACAAAACCCCCAGGCUGCUCUGCUAGUCAGGGGCUGAAGUGCUUAAACAAAGAAAUGCAUUCUUAAAGAAGGAGGAACAGGCUGGAUUUGCCAUUAAGGUAAUUCGUCUGUGUUGCUGCCCAGAGGUGAGGUGAGGCGAGGCAAGGCGAGGCAGGGCGGAGCGAGGCGGGGGAGCUGCUGAGCGGAUGACUGUAGCGGCGGGCGCCGCGUGCCCUCGACAAUGAGCCGGCUGAUGCUGGGCCGCACUCUGGAGCGGGUCUGCAAGGCUGUGCUGCUGCUCUGCCUCGUGCACUUCCUCAUCAUGAUGAUCCUCUACUUUGACGUCUACAGUCAGCGAUUUGACAUCUUCAGCCGUUUCAACAACGGCCGCGGCGCCAACGCUUCACGCUGGCCGCACCAUUCCUACUACAACUACUCCAGCGCCAGGCCCAAUGCCACCUUCCCUAGCUAUGUACCCGCCUCAGAACAGCUCCCACUCAGCAGCAAGCCUGAGCUCAACCGCACACACACGACCCCCAAGCCUAUUCCUCCUUGCCCAGAGAUACCACCUGGACUGGUGGGGCGUCUCCUGAUUGAGUUCAGCUCUCUGAUGAGCAUGGAGAGGGUGCAGAGGGAGAAUCCCAAUGUGACGGAAGGGGGCAAGUACACGCCACCGGACUGUCGGCCCAAGCAAAAAGUAGCCAUUAUCAUUCCAUUUCGGCACAGAGAACACCACCUGAAAUACUGGCUCCACUACCUGCACCCCAUCCUACGGCGGCAGAAGAUCGACUACGGAAUCUACAUCAUCAACCAGCUUGGCGAGGACACCUUCAACAGGGCCAAGCUGCUAAACGUCGGCUAUACAGAGGCUCUAAAGGAUGCCGAGUAUGACUGCUUCAUCUUCAGCGAUGUGGACCUGAUCCCCAUGGACGACCGCAACCUGUACCACUGCUACGACCAGCCGCGCCACUUCGCCAUCGCCAUGGACAAGUUCGGCUUCAGGUUACCGUAUGCAGGGUAUUUUGGAGGGGUCUCUGGCUUGAGCAAGAAGCAGUUCCUCAAAAUCAACGGCUUCCCCAAUGAGUACUGGGGAUGGGGAGGAGAGGACGAUGAUAUCUACAACAGGAUUACACUGAACGGGAUGAAGGUGUCUCGGCCAGACGUGAGGAUCGGCCGCUACAGGAUGAUCAAGCACGAGAGGGACAAGCACAAUGAGCCCAAUCCCCAGAGGUUCAAUAAAAUCCAGAAUACAAAGAACACCAUGAGGAAGGACGGCAUCAGCUCGCUGACAUAUCGCCUGGUCUCCAUUAAAAAGUACCCGCUCUACACCAACAUCUCAGUGGAGAUUGGCAAACCCCCUCCCAGACCUCUCAGAGGAUAGACCACGGCCAGGUCAACACACACACACACACACACACAUACAGUAUGUAUAUAUAUAAUAUAUAUAUACACACACACACACACACACACACACCGCCCAUGGCCGUGCGCCUCUGUGCGCCCCUGAUAUGCUGAACAGGUUAGUUCUCAGGAAUACACUGGACUUGUCGUGGAUUUCUAAACACAAAUCCACAUGCAGAUUUCGACUCCAGUACAGACGCUGGGUAUCUUGCGACAAGGGGAAAUUGGAGGGCUUUAGAGCACGGACCCCACCUACGUAGAGAUUUGGAUGAUGCUCUAAUAGACCCGGAGGACACGCAUAAACAUUGUUUCUGGGCACAUUCUCAAACGGGAACCCUGUUCACUUGAUGUAAAUGAGUUGGAACAUUUCAGAAACGAAUGUCUUUUGUACCUGCAGCUGCUGCAGCGUCCGACACGUUUUCUCAUCGUAUCUAUGAAGCCGGAGACGCUCGAAGAAGCCUCGGGAUCAUCUUCUCUGUCAGUUUCCAACCUUUUUUUUUCUUCUUAUUUUGUAUUUCUACUCUUCCUGCUCUCUGAGUUCAAUAACGGAAGCACUGAUUACGCAGAAAAGCUUCAAAAAAAUGUUCAGUUACCGGAUUUGGAUGAAGAGCCCUGCCUUUGGUGGUCCAGAAUUGAGAAGAACCAGGAUUCUAGGAACUCUCACUUGGAGAACAAGGGAAUUCUGGCAAAGCUGUACAUGGUCACCGCUGUCAAUCACUUGAAAACAACACGAGAAGCUGUGUGUUUUGUGUGUUUUCACCGCUGCCUGAAUUUUUUAUUAUUAUUAUUUUUUCUCUUCUUCAGCUUAAUGCAUCUUAACAUUAAUUGCUCUGUGUGUGAGGUCACGCUCAUUCUAGACCACAGUGAACUAUCAUCAAACACUGCAGAUGAAAUUAGAUUUUUUAUUUUUUCCUCGCCCUUUUCUUUUUUCGUCUUGUGGUUUCACCUUUUUCAUUUACUGCCUAUGCACGCCAUACUGAUGCCUUCAGACAUUUUAUGAGGUGCUCGAGUCGUGUUUUCUUCUUUGGCCACCGUUUUUUCCAUGCCAUUCACCCAGCCUAUUAAAGAAGUACAUUUCAUUUACACCCCACCUCCACCUCCCUUUUGCCUUCUGUUUCACCCCUCGUCAUUCCUGUACACGUGCCAUCAUUUCUAAUCAGUGCUAACGGUAUUUCUGAACUUUUUGCCUAGGUUUACAAAGCCGCCCUGUUCUUGCAUUACGGGUUAAACGUUUCUAUAAAAGAAACCUUCUAAAUCCGCAAACUAAUUACGGUCACGUGUCGACACGUGUAUAUUCAAGCCGGUUAUUAUACUUCAUAUUAUAUUUAUAAUAUUAUACUACCACAGCAUUGUCGAAUUCUCGAUUCUGAUUGGUCAGGAUGCAGCAGUGCCAGCUACAGGGCAAAUCCACAGGUUUAAAGACGGCGAGUUUUGUGGUUUCUCAGUAACAUGACAAGCUGACUUUUUUUUUUUUUUUUUUGGUCUUAUUAAUGUCAAGAGGGAGAAAAGAAAAAAAGAAAAAAACAAGGCUGGUCAGGGAACAACUGUAUAGCUGCCAUAACAUAAGUGAUAACAGGGACUAACUUGUUUCAGAGGCAUUCCACAUCAUUAAAUGUAACUAUAAAUGGAUGUACACAAAGUACAACGUCGUGGUCUUGAAUGAAGAAGAAAAUUGGCAGGUUGCUGUGGUAUAAGAGGAACAAAAACAAAAAACAGUUCAGGACAUGCUGUAAAAAAAAA